AUGCUUCUGCUGGCUGCAACAGACCAUAAUAUCCCCGUUCUAGAGUCGCUGCUCAAGACCACGUCGGCGAAUGUCUAUGAGCCAGAGACAAGACAGACGGCACUGCAUGUUGCGGUCGCAUCUUGUACGCCAGAGGACUCAGCAGACGAGCUCAAGGCUGCAGAGGAGACUUUGAAGCUGUUGCUACUCAACGGGGCUAUUUGGAAUGACUUGGACGUCUCCGGGGAGACACCAGCGUGUAUUGCGGACAGACUGGGAUUGAAAAGCCUGUACGGGAUCUUGGUGGAAGCAGGUGUGAGGGCCGAGUUAAUCCUGGGAAGGCUAGGAGGGUAUUUGCAGCUUAGUGAUGGCGAAGAGAGCGAGGAAGAAGAAAUUGGAGAUGAAGAGGAAGCUCCAGAGUUGGUCCAGGAGGCCGACACUGUAGGAACACCGCAAACAGAGUUGACACAACCAGAGCUGGAACCAGAGGAAGAGAUUAAGGUGGAUGUGAACUCGAAAGAUUACCUAGCCUCGAAGUUGACCUAUCACGACGACAAGCUACUUGAUGAGGACAACAACGGGGUUAUGAUGGAGUGGGAGAGAGGCAUUAUGGAACGGAGUGUGAACGUACUCGUUAAGGAAGAAGGAAAAAGAAUUCUCAAUAUUGGAUUUGGAAUGGGAAUAAUAGAUGGAUUGUUCCAAGAAAAGAAACCCAGCCACCAUGUCAUCGUUGAGGCGCACCCAGAUGUCCUGAAAAAGAUGAAAGAAGACGGAUGGGAUCAGAAAGAAGGCGUUGAGAUACUCGAAGGAAGGUGGCAAGAUGUCAUUCCUGACCUGAUAAACCGAAACAUCACCUUCCACGCAAUUUACUUUGACACCUUUGCCGAGUCCUACGAUGAAUUGCGUCUUUUCUUCACCGAAUAUGUUAUCGGACUUCUUGCACCGCUAUCGGAAGGUGGUAAAUUCAGUUUCUUCCAUGGUCUCGGUGCAGACAGAAGAGUCUCAUAUGAUGUUUACACGCGUAUUGUUGAGAUUGACAUGCUAGAGGCUGGACUAGAGACCAGAUGGGAUAUUGUGCCCUUGAAAAAGGAUGACGAAGAGGAAGAUGGAAUGGAGGAGGGUGGAAAGGUUUGGGACGGAGUGAAGAGGAGGUACUGGAUACUUCCAGAGUACAAGCUCCCUAUCGCCGAAUUUUUGGCAUAG